ACCCUCUUCUAGAGCUGCCACACCACGAGCCAGCUUACUGUACAACACAGAGGCAGAGAGAAAGGGAGGGAGGGAGAGAAAGAAGCAGAGGAUUGAGAGAAGAGACAGAGGCAGAGAGAGAGAGAGAGAGAGAGCUACACCUGCAGCUACCUGGCGGCUCAGACAACCUCCCGUCCUCCGUGGCAGAACCUGUCCCCACCAUCCCGGUUGACCCUCCCCUCAUCUCCGCUCUCUCCACCCCUGGAUCAUGGUCCGUCAAACCAGCUGCGUCAUGAGUGUCCCCACUAGUGCCAACGCUGAGAGUCACGUCCCUGCCCCCUGGAGCGCCCCCUACAGCUGCACAGACGGUACUGCGCCCUUGAGCAAGACCGCUAACGCGUCCGUCGUGAUUCCAGGAUUCCCGAGCCGCUCCUGGGCCCAGGAAACCCAGCCGCAGUUCUGGUCCAAAUUCCAGGUGUGGGAGUGGCUGCAGCAGACCCUGGACAUGCACCAGAUCGACGCGGGCAGCAUCCCCUUCCAGAACUUCGACAUGGACGGCCAGCAGCUCUGCAGCAUGAGCUUCCAGGACUUCGCCCAGGCGGCCGGCUCCAUCGGGCCCCUGCUCUUCCAGAGCAUCGCCGACCUCAAGUGGAGCGGUCAAUAUGGCAUUGAGAUAUUUGCCCCACUGGACAUUAAGACAGAAGCGAAUGAAUACCAAUGCUCGAUUCCUCCUUUCCGAGAGGACUUCCACACCUGGCAAUCCACAGACAUGUUUGACAUCAAGAUGCCCUUUCAACCGCCUGUUACCUUGAAUUCCCCCACACCAUCCAGUCCAGAGUCAAAGCCGCCACAGAACCGUCCCGCAACUACGCAACACAAGAAACACAACCCUCGGGGGACCCACCUGUGGGAGUUCAUCCGGGACAUCCUCCUGAACCCCGACAGGCACCCCGGGCUGAUCAAGUGGGAGGACCGGACAGCGGGCGUGUUCCGCUUCCUCAAGUCCGAGGCGGUGGCCCAGCUCUGGGGCAAGAAGAAGAACAACAGCAGUAUGACCUACGAGAAGCUCAGCAGGGCCAUGAGGUAUUAUUACAAGCGAGAGAUCCUGGAGAGGGUGGACGGACGCCGGCUGGUUUACAAAUUCGGGAGAAAUGCCCAAGGAUGGAAAGAAACAGACAAGUGAAGAGAUCGCCAUUUCGCUUUUCUAAGAACCACCAAGUGAAGACUUUUAAUUUAUAUCAUCACGCCAGCCACAGUCUGUUACUGUGAGGACUCUGUGAUGAACCUUGUUGUUUGUUUUUAUACGUUUGGCAUUUGGACAGAUUAUAUUUCUUUGCUUGCAUUUUGUCGCUUUGCGUGGACCGUUUCAUUUUUCGUUGAAGACAGAGUGAAGAGGUGUUUCGCACAACGGAUCACCUUGGAGCGAAAUGAAGGCCAGCUGACAGUUUUUUUUCAGUCUAGAAUUUUCUGGAAUUAGGUUAAGACACACACUAUUCUGCAUCUCCGUAGUAAAGGGUAAGGGUUUAGUCAUUUCACUCAAAGGAAACUUGGUAUUUCAUUUAUAUGAUUUAUGGGGGUUUGUACUUUUGUACUUUCUUUGGGGUCAAUUUUAUACUAUAAAGCUUGUGUGUUUCUCUAGCCAUUCUUCUUACAUGGAGUAACACAUAUACUGCGCACAAAUGUGAUCCAGCACAUGAAAACAGUCCAUCAGUGAUAAGCCAACGAGGCUCUUUGUAAAUGCUUGACCACGUAACCACGUUUGAGACGCUUGCUUUCACAAGAGUCUGAGAAAAUGUGGUCACAAGCGCUGGCGCCCGUUUCAACAGCAUGAGCGUGCCCUGUAGCCUGGAUCCUGUCGGAAAAAACUACAGCCCUGACCCACUUCCUUUAGCACAAGCAAAAAUAAUAACACAACCAACGAUUGGCACAAAGGAAAUGACCAAUCGUUGGCCAUGCUAUUGGUUUGCGUGUGCUGAAAGGUAUUGGGUAUUGGGUAUUGUGCUAAAGGUCAAUUGUAAACCAGGCCGAAGGACCAUCUAAAUGUUUACAGUAGAACUGGAGUAAAAAUGGACGGUGAUGUGGGGGAUUUACAGGCCACAAACUGCACCCGAACGACUUAAGGCGAUUUGUGCAGUUGAGAGGAAUGGUAUUUUUAUAUUUGCAAUAGUGGGAAAUAAAAGUUGCUUUUCAAUGAGUUUCUUUUUGACAUUUCAUGUAGACAUGUCGUCAAAGAUGUAUAUCAUAGAAAACCACUAAGAAUUAAGGAAACUCACAAAAUAUUUAAGGUUUAAGGAGUAUUUUAUAUCUGUUUUAAUGUCAAAUACAAGUAAUUUCAGACUAACCAGUUAAAAUCUAUGAUUUUCAAGUCAAACAAAGUAAGCCAGAAAUUGCCAAAGAGCCAUUUCUUCGGAUGGACAAAAUGUUACAGGGACACCCCACCAUUUCUGUGGAAUCUAUGGAGGACAGAAUUGUAUGCACAGCACUGGCAAUUAUUUUAUUUUUCAUGCCACACACUGUAUGAAGAAUUGUACAUAUCUUAAAUGUUAACAAUAAUAUAAAGUAUGUCUAUUUGAAAUA